UUUCACGUACAACAGUCUCUGUUUUUACUUAGAAUUGUGCAAAAAACAAAAAGCAUCCGAUGAGUGGCAGUUCUGCAGAUGGAAAUGCCAUGUUGUUGACAGAGGUCGAGGGGGGAUUGGUUAGACCGGUUCGAGCUGACAGAAAGGCAGAAAGUAACUCAGAUAAACAACAUCGGCCUGUUAAAAUCCUUCCAUGACAAUGUCUUUCUUCAAAUCUGGAGGGAUCAUCUUCACCUUUGUCUUCAUGAUCAGCAGGAUCAUGGAGAACUCAUUACUCAGCGCAGAAGUAAAAGAGGGAGAGAUCCUUCCACCCACCAUUCAGAAGCUGAUGAGAGGAUACAACAAAUACCUUCGUCCUUUCUUUGAUAAUGGGCCUGUGACAGUGGGCAUGAGUUUGGAUAUUGCAAGUAUUGAUACUAUAUCAGAAAUAAACAUGGAUUAUACUGCCACUAUAUUCCUGAGACAGCGGUGGACAGAUGAACGCUUGUGUUUUGACGGGAACAAGAGCCUAAGCUUAGAUGGACGAUUGGUAGAGCUUCUGUGGGUGCCGGACACUUUCAUCGUCGACUCAAAGAAAUCCUUCCUCCAUGACAUCACAGUGGAGAACAGACUCAUCAGGAUAUUUCCCAAUGGGACGGUUCUUUAUGCACUAAGGAUUACCACAACUGUGGCCUGCAAUAUGGAUCUAACCAAAUAUCCCAUGGACAAGCAGACCUGCACGCUGCAGCUGGAAAGCUGGGGCUAUAAUAUCAAUGAUGUGAUGUUCUAUUGGACCAGAGGAAAUGAUUCUGUUAGCGGGAUAGACUCUCUUCGCCUGGCCCAGUAUACCGUGGAAGAUCACUACACCUCUGUGUCAGAGGCUAUUUAUGAAACAGGCCGUUAUCCCAAACUGAUCUUCCACUUUGAACUGAAGAGGAGCAUUCUCUACUUUAUAUUGGAGACUUAUGUUCCUUCCAGCCUGCUGGUGGUCUUGUCAUGGGUGUCUUUCUGGAUCAGUCAAUCUUCUGUUCCUGCUCGCAUUUGUAUAGGGGUGACCACAGUGUUGACCAUGACCACGCUGAUGAUGGGAGCUCGAACCUCCCUGCCCAAUGCCAACUGCUUCAUCAAAGCCAUUGAUGUCUACUUGGGAAUCUGCUUCAGCUUCAUCUUCGGAGCGUUGAUAGAGUAUGCUGUUGCCCACUUCUGUACCCUGCAGCACUCCGGUGCCCAGAAUACAGUCAUGCAGUGUAGACACGGUGUGCUGGACUGUGAUCAUGACAUGAACGGCACAGUCAGGACCAUCUCCAGCGAAUCUCAUCACACCAAGAGAAGUCCAUCCGGAUCUGAGAACAAGGAUGAGGUGCAGGGCUGCUGUGGGAAAUCCCUGUCUCUCCUCAAGGGGGCCGCACACCUCAUUAGCUGCUGUCGUGUUGAGAAUCCGCACUACAUAGAUAACUAUUCCCGCAUUUCCUUCCCUUUGUCCUUCGUCCUCGUCAAUCUGCUCUACUGGACUUACUACCUGUACUUCUAACAUCUGGAUGUACGUGUUUGUGAGUCCAGUAACUGUUUAUGGAUAGGGACUUUGUUUUUUU